CGUCAGACAUAGUGCCAUGUCAGCAGUGCCCCGCCACCAUGACGGGCGCAGCUCUGGGCAUGUCAGGCCAACUGGCCAAUGAGUCCAUUGCCGACUACAAAAAGCGCUUCCAGGCUCAGCUCGCUGCAAUCGAGGCUGAGGAACAAUGCCAGCUGGCAGUCAAGGCUGCCCAGCUACAGGCUGAAGAAGCGGCAACAGCAGAGAAGCUGCGGCUACAGGCCGAAGCAGACGCAGAUACCCAGGCUCGCCGCAAGGAAGCCCAGGAUCUGCUGCUGCGGCAUGAAGCCAACAGCAUCGACAGACUCAAGUUCUGGCACUUUGAACCGAACGGCGACGAACCAACACCGGAAGAGAAGCAUAAGGAGUUCAUGGCCAAGCUCGUGACCAGGCUGGUUUACACAUGUAACCACCUGCAGUCCGAGCUGGCAAGCCUUCAGCGGGCUGUGCGGAACCAUAAGACUCAGCAUGAGGAUGCCACACGGGCACAGGACGCCCGUGUACUGGACCUGGAACAGGCUGUACCAGGACCAGCUGCUGGGGCUUCUAGCAGUGCAUCCUCUAGCCGCCAACUGGAGGAACGCGUUGACCACGUAGUGGCAAUGCUAGGAGACAUAAGUGCCUUCACAGAGCCGGCCACUAUCAGCCAGCGGUUCGAGUUGCUGGACACUAGGAUCAGUCAGCAACAGCAGACCGAUCACAGCCACAACAACAGCUCGGCAAGGCCAUACAAGAUGCCGACGUUCCGGAUCGAGAAAGUUGAUGACUACACACAUCAAGACCCGGUCGUCUGGUGGCAAGGAUUUACAACGGAGUUGGGGAUCCACGAGGUCCCUGACCAUCUGUUCAUCAGUGCUCUGUUCAUCAACACCAAGGGAGGAUGUCAGAUCUGGCUCUGCCACAUGGCAACCAUCCACGACGUCCAGGUUUCAGACCUACACAAGAAGGUCUCAUGGGCGGAUAUGACAAAGGAAUGGAAGAAGCGGUUCAUAGUGGAUGACGCGCCUGCGCUCGCCAUCAACCGCAUCUUCCCGAUGGCUCAAUGGAGCACACCGACACGAAACUGGCUCACGGAUUGGCAGAAGAUCGUGGCCACGCCCGAUCUGGACCUGCCAUUUUCGCAUCUGCGUCGUGAGUUCUACAACAGGUCGUGCGCCGCUCUGAGCCUCGCACUUGGUGAUCGCGAGCAGUACCACACUUUUGCAGAGAUCAUCAACAAGSCGAGAGAGAUCAUCAAGACCAACARGUCAGCUGCACACGAGAAAUCAACAUGGCAGCCGACCUAUGUGGAGAAGGCACGAACUGGCCGGAAAUGGACAGCCAGUACAAGUUCCAUGGGUCAAGUUCGGCUUGACCGAGGCGGAGUACAAAGUCCGCGGCCGCUACGGCAGCUGCUAUUGGUGCAACAGCACCAAGCACAAGACCUCCCUGUGCCAGGAUCAGGGCAAGGAGGAUGUGCGACCCCGCCUCAGCUCAGGAAAUUGAGCUCCGCGGAAGGUGAGGCGACUCCACCUUCCACUCCGCCAGAUUCGGCCGCCUUGCUAGCAGCCUCCUGCACAUCUGGGGAGGACGCGAAUGCCGCAAGUUCUCGUUACUCUUACGAGGACUAUGCUGUCUACUUGGUUCCACCGCUGGACCAGCCGCUCCACGUGCAACAGUCCACCGCAUGCACGGUUUCAUCACCAUCGGCAACCGAUUCGGCACCUUCGCCGCAAUCUAUCGCCGGGGAUUCGACGUCAUGGUCAAGACUUGAUGAGCUCGACCUGUUGACGUUCACGGACUUCCAGUGGAUGUUCGUUCCCUCGACCGGACGAUUGCCGAAAGCGCAUUGCAAUGUGCUUAUGGCACAACUGGGGGACUACUUGCACACUGCAGUACCAGCUCCGUUGAUGGACGGCGGAGUAGAGGUUGUCAACCUUCACGAGUACAUCACGAAGAUUGACCGCGAGUUCAAGACGSAAYGGUACGACGACAUCGACGCACCAUUGCUAUACAUACGCAUUCAGAUCGGUGAGGCGACCUGCAGUGCCUUGAUCGAUUGCGGAGCAUCUCGCAACUACAUCAGCCAGGACUUCAUGGUGCGCGCCGGCCUUGGCCCACGUGUCCGGAGGAAGUCCCAGCCUACGCAAGUCACGUUGGCAGACGGUCAUACGCACAAGUCMAUCGACCGGUGCAUUGACGCCGUCCCCGUGUACUUUGCCCCUCACGCAAGUGAGGCGAUGUCCUUUGACAUUCUGGACACCAAAUUUGACAUGAUCUUGGGCAUGUCAUGGCAGCGAAGCGAGGAUCACCCAGUGAACUUCUUCAACCGCACCGUUCACAUUCGUGAUCGGAACGGAGUACUAGUUCCAUGCACGGUGCCUCUUCCUCAUCCUUCUAUCAACUGCCACGUGGUAUCCGCCGCAAGUAUGCGAGCAUCCAUCAUCAGAGACGACAUCGAGGAGAUGGGGGUAUGUUUUCUCCACGCCCUCCCACCCCGAGACGCUUCAUCGCUGGACUCAUCUUCGGAUCCACGCAUCACCGAGCUUCUCGACGCUUACAGCGACGUGUUCGAAGGCCCGCACGGAGUAGUAACGGAUCGGCCCAUCCGCCACGAGAUCAUCCUCGAGGACGGGGCCGUACCUCCGCGCGGCUGCAUCUACCGAAUGAGCGAGGAAGAGUUAAGUGUGCUCCGUGCACAGCUCGACGAUCUUCUAGAGAAAGCUUGGAUUCGGCCUAGCUCAUCGCCAUACGGUGCUCCUGUCCUCUUCGUCCGGAAGAAGAACAAGGACCUGCGGUUGUGCAUCGAUUAUCGCAAGCUCAACGCGCAGACGAUCAGGAACACCGGCCCUCUCCCACGCAUCGACGACCUUCUCGAGCGAUUGGGCGGCGCCCAGGUCUUCUCUAAGCUGGAUCUCAAGUCAGGGUACCACCAACUCGAGAUUCGCAAGGAGGAUCGCUACAAGACCGCGUUUAAGACACGUCGGAGUUUGGAGGAGCAUGUGGAACACCUGCGCACCGUUUUGGAGCGGCUACGACAAGCCAAGUACAAAGCAAACCGCGACAAGUGCGAGUUCGCACARCAGGAGCUGGAAUACUUGGGACACUAUGUGACGCCGCAAGGCAUCCGUCCGCUUGCGGACAAGAUCGAGGCCCUACGAGUAUGGCCUGAGCCCACCAACACCACAGACGUUUGUUCAUUCAUGGGAUUGGCGGGCUACUAUCAGCGAUUCAUCACYGGAUACUUCAGGAUUGCUGCACCUAUGACGAGGUUACAGUCGCCAAAGGUGCCAUUCGUAUUCGAUGAUGCCGCACGCCGGUCAUUCCAAGCACUUAAGACGGCUAUGCUCAUGGCACCCGUCCUUAGCAUCUAUGACCCCACCCUGCCAACGCGAGUGACUACGGACGCUUCCGGCUAUGGCAUUGGGGCAGUCUUGGAACAGCACGACGGCGAYGACUGGCACCCUGUGGAGUAUUUCAGCCACAAAGUGCCUCCCAUAAACUCGCUUGAUGAUGCAAGGAAGAAGGAGCUGCUCGCAUUCGUCAUGGCUCUCAAGCGAUGGCGGCACUUCCUCCUUGGGCGUCGUAGGUUCACAUGGGUCACGGACAACAAUCCAUUGACUUACUACAAGACGCAGGAUUCGGUGAGCAGCACGAUCGGACAAUGGAAGUACUUCAUCGACCAAUUUGACUUCACACCGAAACAUCUGCCUGGCCUCUCAAAUCGUGCAGCAGAUGCACUCUCGCGAAGACCCGAUUUUUGCGCUAUGACACAUCAUGCCUUCGCAUUCGACGAGGAGCUUCAGCGACACUUCAUCCGGGUAUAUCAGUCUGAUCCGGACUUCGGCACGCUCUAUGCACAACUAUCUUCGGAUCACCCGCCAACCACCCAUUACCGCAUUGCCGACGGGUACUUGCUCCUCCACUCGGGAGGCAAGGACUUACUAUGUGUCCCACGCGACCGUCGUCUUCGGACUCGCCUCCUCGGCGAGUACCAUGAUUCACGACUCGCCGGCCAUUUCGGAGUCAACCGCACUAUUGCACGGCUUCGACAGCGAUUCCGAUGGCCCGACCUCAUUACCGAUGUCACUCGGUAUUGCGACUCUUGYGAAGUUUGCCGACGCAGCAAGCCCCGCAACCGCAAUCCCUACGGGGAGUUACACCCGAUGCCUAUCCCACGGGAACCCGGUCUCUCCAUUGCCAUGGACGUCACCGGCGUCGUACCAUGUCCCAUCCGCGCCGGUGAUCUGGUUUCGGUCUCCGCGGAAGAGUUUGCACUGGAACAGGACGUUUCAGGCAAAUUGCUUCUCAAGUGGUUUGGACCUUGGUCUGUGACAGCAGCCGCGGGCGAUGAGCCCGAUGGCCCUUCAGUUGUGAUCAACAUUCCAGAGCAUCUGACGGUCCAUCCGGUCUUCCACGCCUCGAAGCUGGCAACAUACAUGCCAGCCAAGAGCGACGACUUUCCGGGCCGACGAUCGCAGGACCCUCCUUCUAUGGAUGGCCAUCAAGAAGUUGACCACGUCAUCACCGAUCGCAAGUACGGCAGCAAGCCGCGGCAGUACAAAGUCACAUUCAAAGCAUGCGAUCGCGACGACACUCGGUGGAUUUCAGGAGCAGAUUUGAAAGCAUCCGCAAUGCUGAUCUACGCUCACUAUAAACAUCAAAGGUUAGCCAAGGGACCUCCACGACCUGCCCCUCCCACCCGUACUGUGGUCCCUCCCUCAGACAGACAGCUUCGCCCUCGCAGGUGCCCGGAGCUGAAGUGGGCAGUGAGGAACACGGCGGCGGCCAUCGAUGGAAGGAGGAAGACGACGGCGGCCAUAGCCACCAAGCUGCUGGAGUCGACAGAGUGUACAUGCGUUCGUGGUUCAAGCUUUAACAUAUCAACGUGUACUCCUGAAGGUGCAACAAGGCAGGAUGAGGGAACCUGUGACGGUUGGUGGGCGACUUAUGAUGAAGCAUUUUUAAGGUUACCCAAUGUAGAUCAUCUCCAAUACUACAAGGGUGUGAAAGAGACCAUCCUUGACCACGCUUGCAUCCAAGCCCCCAUAAGGAGCACACUUAAGUCCUCGUUUGAUGACGGAACUUUUGGUCGAUCAGCAGGUCUUUACUUCGGCAGCAUCACCGGAGCAUUCAUCAUAUUCCCUGGCAGGGUAUUUACAGAUACCGUAGCUGCCGCCAAGGCUCAGCAGAAGGCAACAGAGGCAGAACGUCAGCGGCUGGCCAAUGAGGCGGCAGCCCAAGCUCAGCAGACUGCUGAGGCUGACGCAGCAGCACGAGACCAACGGAAUGCCGCCAGUACGGAGUACCUCAUUCAUAACGCGACGAAGCAACUCAAUGAGCGCAUCGAUCACGUCGUCACCAUCAUCGGCGACAUAGGUGUUUUCAGUAGGCCGGACACGAUCAGUAGCACGGUGGCCGCCAUCAAGACGGACAUCACCAAGCUGCAAACGAGACCGGACGCCGCUACAAAGACUUACAAGAUGCCGCACUUCGACAUCAGCAAGUUUGACGACUACAACAAGUCGGACGCCUUGACAUGGUGGCAACGUUUCCUCACGGAAGCAUCAUGCCGCACUGUCCCGSCAGACGACAUGAUGAAGGCACUCUACUUGCAACUAAUUGGAGGAGCGCAGGCUUGGAUAAACCAUCUGGCGGCUACCAACAAAUGCACCAUCGCCGAACUCCACACGCACAUCACGUGGAAAGAGUUCGAGAAGSUAUGGUUCACCCGGUUCAUGGUCCGCAACGUCGUGAAGGCGGCCAUGAACGAGGUGUACACCUGCUCUCAAGGAAAUAUGCCAACUCGAGACUGGACAACCAAGUGGCAGAAGAUAGUGACCACGCCAGGAUUCGAUUUGAGUUUUCCAAAUCAACGAUCCGAGUUCUUCUCGCGAUCGUGCGCGGGACUGCGGUCGGCACUCGGCAACGAGUACGACUAUGACACGUUCCAGGCCAUUCUGGAUCGUGCGAACUUAGUCAUCCAAACGGAUGACAAGGCCGCAAACGAACGGCAGUCCCAGCCGCAUUAUGUGGCUAAGCAGGGCUAUCAACGUCCGACACAUAACAAUGCCGUGAUUUCUGAUGAAACAGACGAUCUCCACGCUGCAGCAGCAUCCUCGAGUGAUGGAGGAAUUGUAGCAGCGCUCCCGCCGAAGCGUCCCAAGAGAGUUCGGAAGAACAAGGCGACACAAGAGACAUCAUCGACGGGAACUGGGCAGCAGCCAUGGACGGCUUACAAGAUAACCAAGGAUGUCUAUGACCUUCGUCAAAACAAACUCGGGAAACUGAGUUACGCAAGGAGAGGGGCGACGUCUCUCCUCACUCCGCCGGACCCGGUUGCCUUGCUAGCAAUCGAUGUCACUACCGGGGAGCAUGCUUUAGUUGCUGAUUCUCGUGCCACGUACAAGGAUUAUGCCGCCCAGCCAAGCCACGUGCACUUAGCUAGCGUAUGCGCAGCUUGUACAUCGUCGGCAAGUGAUCCGGUCAGUUCGCCACUGAUUUCCGAGGACUCGACGGCGUGGUCAAGASUUGAGGAGCUUGACCCGCUCACGAGAGAGGACUUCGUUUGGAUGCCUCUACCCUCGACCGGAACCUUGCCAAGGCCGCAUUGCAACGCCUUGAUGGCAACUCUACGCCCCCAUUUGCACACUACAGUACCAGCUCCGUUGACGGACGACGGGGUAGCGGUUGUCGAUCUCCGCUCCUAUCUUGCGAAGAUUGACCGCGAGUACGCCACCCAAAGGUACGCCGAAACCGACGCACCUUUGCUCUAUAUCCGCAUUCAAAUCGGAAAGGCAACCUGUAGUGCCUUGAUUGAUUGCGGAGCGUCUUGCAACUUUAUGAGCCAAGCCUUUAUGGCUCGCGCAGGUCUUGGCCCGCGCGUUCGAAGGAAGACGCAGCCUACGCAAGUUACACUCGCGGACGGCAGCACGCAAAAGUCAAUUGACCGAUGCGUUGACGGCGUUCCGGUCUACUUUGCGCCACUUGCGUGCGAGCCGGUGUCUUUUGACAUCCUCGACACCAAGUUUGACAUGAUUCUAGGCAUGUCUUGGCUGCGUAGCGCCGAUCAUCCGGUGAACUUCCAUGACCGAACCGUUCACAUCCGUGAUCGGAACGGAGUGUUAGUCCCAUGUACGCUCGCGACCCCUCACACUUCGAUUGCUUGUCACGUGGUUUCUGUUGCGAGAAUUCACAACGCCAUUGCUCGGAAUGACGUCGAGGAGAUGGGCCUUGUAUUCUUGCAUGCUCUCCCCUCGCCGGACAGACCAGCCGCGUCACCGCCGGACAGACCAGCCGCGUCACCGCCAGACCCACGCAUUUCCCACCUCCUGGACGAGUAUGGAGACGUCUUCGAGGCUCCCACCGGAACGGUUCCGGAUCGGCCCAUACGUCACGGGAUCACUCUCGAGGCUGGCGCCGUCCCUCCGCGUGGAUGUAUCUACCGCAUGAGCGAAGAGGAACUCGAGGUGCUUCGCGCACAACUCGAUGAUCUUCUUGACAAGGGCUGGAUUCACCCUAGUUGCUCGCCAUACGGUGCACCUGUUCUCUUCGUCCGGAAGAAGAACAAAGAUUUACGGUUAUGCAUCGACUAUCGGAAACUUAACGCACAAACCGUAAAGAACGCCGGCCCUCUCCCUCGGAUUGAUGAUCUCCUUGAGCGGUUAGGCGGCGCGACGUACUUCUCGAAGUUGGAUUUGAAGUCAGGUUACCACCAGAUUGAAAUCCAGCCUCAAGACCGGUACAAGACCGCGUUCAARACGCGGUACGGGCAUUUUGAGUGGGUUGUCAUGCCCUUUGGCCUCACCAAUUCCCCCGCAACUUUUCAAGCAGCAAUGACGACUGAGUUUCGCGACUUGCUCGAUCGCAGCGUCCCCAUCUACCUUGAUGACAUUUUGGUUUAUAGUAGGACGUUGGACAAGCACAUCGUACACCUUCGCAUUGUUUUGAAUUGUUUGCGACUAGCCAAGUACAAAGCGAAUCUCGACAAGUGCAAAUUCGCCAAGCAAGAGCUUGAGUACUUGGGUCAUUUUAACCAAUAUAUAAGAUCUGACUCAGACCAAGAUUUUCCCUAUGAUUGCGAGAACUACCAUCUUCGUGAAAGGCCUUGGUUUGCUGAAGCUUCUUCACCACAAAAAAAGGUUUCCAUACUCGUCGAUCUCGCCAAUGGUAUGGGGGCGGAGCAUAAUGUAAUCGGUAAAAUAGACAGGACAAAGAGGUUGGAUGUAGUAAAGAAUACAUUGCGUGCGCUGGCAAGGACUCUUCGGGCGUCUGACAGAGUGGCACUCACAACAUCGCCGAAUAUCGGCGUCGACGUGAGCGAGCAGAACGACCCAGAAGGUAAACCUGGUGCAUGUUGCUACAAUCUAAGUUCAUCCUUGGACAAGAUGGAGGCAAACCAAGACACAGAAGACUUCACUGAAGGUAUCAGCAGAGCAUUGUCAAAACUGGAGAACAUGACGGGCGAUAGCUCAGAUGUGGAGGUCUUGCUGGUCUUCACAAGGGGGUAUGUACAAGUAGAGGCGGCAGAGAGGGUCAUUCAGGAGUACAACAACAGGUAUUAUGGCAGGGCUGGAAGGAACCUUGCAGUUUUCCUUUACGGGGUGGACAUUGAAACACCGGCACUGUUUGACAAGUUGAACCUUACGCAAUUGUCCUUGGCAGUCAAUGGCACUGCAAUGAACAUGGGAACUGGUGAUCCGUUGUUGGGAAUUUACUCCUACUUCGACUAUCUGAGUCGCUUUCACAGUCAAGCUGGCGAACCAUUUUGGGCCAGAGAAUAUGAAAACUACAGUCAGCUAGGCACUGUUAUCUCCCAGGUCAAACCAGGUAGGCUUCCUGAGACGAAUGGUCAUGCUGAACAAAUGAAUAAGAUCUUGCAGCAAACUUUGCGCAUGUACAUUCGUCCCGACCAGAUUGAUUGGGAUGAACAGCUGCCUACGGUUGCUAGUGCCUAUAAUAACUCUGUGCACCUAUCUACGUGUAAGACUCCUAUGGAGUUACAUCUGGGAUGGCGUCCACGCAGACCCAUUGAUCGAUUGAAUCCUGAUCAAGUACAUAAGCUUCCUGUAGGAACUAGUGAGUUUGCAGUCCAAUAUCAGAAAGACAUUGAGAAAGCAAAGGAAAAUAUACUUAAAGCACAGCAUCAAAUGAUUGAACAGGCAAAUAAACACAGACGCCCGUCUCAAUUUGCUGUAGGAGAUUUGGUCUGGGUGAGGUCUAAAGAGUUUGCUCCUGAAGAGAACAUCUCUCAGAAGUUUCUACCCACCUACCGAGGACCUUGGCAGGUUCUAGACGUAAUUCGAGAUGUGGAUGGUCCUUCGUAUGUUAUGGAGAUUCCUCCUGAUCUACGUACAUAUCCAGUGUUCCAUGCAUCCAAGCUCUUACCUUGUGUAACGAAUGAGCUCUUCCCAAGUCGUCGAUCGGCGAUACAUCCAAGUAUGGAUGGGAAAUAUGACGUGGAUAAAAUUAUUGCGGAAAGUACUUACCACACUGGACGUAGAGGCAGACCACAACGACAGUAUAAAGUACUCGUUACGGAUUACCUUAGAUGUCUGCCUUUGGAGGUUAGGACAAAGCUGGCAGACGAGGCCUAUGUCGAACAACACAACUUCGCUUCUUUCAACAAGAAAGCCUUAGACAUAAAGGCAAAGUUGGGAUCUGCGCAUCGGAGUCAAGGAGAUGGUAGGAAGAAGAGACUACCCCAGGAUUGGAAGAAGAAAGGGCAAUUAAUGUUCGUCGGCCAUGAUGGUCAGGCGAAAGAAAUUGACGACUUCCCAGACCUUUGGGAAGACACAGAGCACAAUGGGGCCAGCGAGACUUCGGAUGGGGGAGUCGUGGCACCCAUCAAAGAAAAGGCUAGGGGGACCGGGAAGAAGAAGGCAGGCUGGUCUACGGGUCAGGGCGACCAAGGUACGCCCGCAUGGGUGAAACUUGGUUUAGAGUAUGAGGUGUGGAGGGACCGAGUUGCUAGGGUUAGCAAGGCGUUACGCUACCUAGGGGAAGAGGUAGCGGCAUUCCGAGCGGAGGACGCGAGCGUCCCGUUGACCCUAUUUCGCGGACGCCCUCCUCUUGAUAUCACGGGCGAGCUCGUAGUAGCACGGGACGGGUUUUUCCCGUACAGCGUUAGAAGCCUGCGGACGAUAGUUCCGACGUUCGUAGUAGAGAGCGUCUUUGGAGGUAUUGGUGGAGUGGUCGAGACAUAUCUGGCCUAUCAGGAUCUCAAGAUCCUGGCAAGAAGGCCUGCCCACCUAGGCUACAUCUAUUAUUCGCUUGCGACCGGUGGGUCUCGUUGGGGAGACGAGAGGGUUCAGCUUAUAGAGGUGAUCCGCUCGAUAGAUGACGAGUGGCCCCAGUCUUCGUGCGUUUGGGAUUGGCUAGACCGUGAGCUCCGAGCAGGCCCCGAGUACGUGACUUGCAUCGGGCGGCUCUUCUCAGACGACUGGGGGAGCUGGUGGAAUGAGGACGCCGGGCGACCUCUGAUAUACGUCCAUCAGUUGAUGGAAUACUACCAGGCCAUACGACAGGCGCCGUACCGCGUCGAGGACGAGUUUGACGACGAGGGUUGGGAGCGAGAGGACGACGAGGAGUUGUGGGAACCAGACUGGGUCGACCGAGAGAGUGAGGUUGAUGAGGAAGAGAUUGACGUCCGGACUGCCGCGACUGUCAUAGGGUCGGGCUGUAACAGUUGGCUAGAAUACCUAAUUGCAUCUUCUGGCGGUCCAAUGGAACCCGACACGAUGGGGCCACAACCGACCACGGGCGAGGCGGGAGAGGAGUACAGGGCAUCGCUCGAUCGAGCACUGAGGGAUCUGAAGAAACGAAUUAGGCAAGAAGCACCGCUGAGAUGGGUUGACCAAACCAAUGACGGAGGGUCCGACAUGAGAGGCGAACCAGUUGCGACAGAGCCGCAGGAGGCUCUAAAGACGGGUACCUCGAGCGGACGACGAGAAGCGACAAGGCGGCGCUCCCCCGAGUACGAGCGGAGGGACACCAUAGCGGACAGAUACAGAGACGACUGGAGAGAGAAUUUGAGGGAUUCCUAUUGGAGGGACAGAGAUAGAGACAGGGCGCCGCCCAGGCGAGUCUUCGACCCCCAGACAGGGGAGUCACAUCCACUCCCUUACGAGAGCAAGGAUCGCUAUAUUAUUACGCACAAGGCCUCAGAGCCUCCUACCUUCAGGGGAUAUGGAAUCACAGAAUAUCUGGAGAAGUGGGAGCUUCACGCCAGCCGGAGUCAGUGGUCGGAGGAAGAGAUUAUAGAGAAAUUCCUAUUUAAUGUGGACCCAAGUCUUGGUAGGGAAGUUAAGGAGGCUCGACCGAAGGAUGGGAAAUGGACUACGUACAAGAAGAACCUCGUUGAGCUUUACAAAUUGGAAGAUAAUAAGUAUUCCAUCAAGGACCUUGAAACAAUGACUCAAGAUGAAGAUGAGAGCGUACGGGCAUUUGGAAUGCGUUUCCAGAAAAUCUCUGACGUGCUGAUGAAAAAGGGGAAGAUCUCAGAGGUCGAGCGUUAGAUUGUGACCGCCACAGGGGUCACGGCCUACCGGGACAAACCUGGAGGGCCCUAUUCACUUCGCUGGGACCGUAGGAACAACGAUCCCUGGAGGAGUGUCGAGGAUAGAAAUCCUCGGACGCUAACUGAUUAUCGUACGAGGGGAAGAGAGAGAGACGAUGAAUCAUGGCGACGUAGGGACGAUGAGAUAGACCGAGACCGCAGGGAUCGCGUGCUGUUUGUGCGAGCGAGGAGGCUAGAUGAUUACCCCCGAAGCCCUCGCUAUGAGGCCGAUCGGAGUAGAGGCGACUCCCGCGGCCGAUGGGAGACAGAACAGGGCCACCGAGAUGGAUAUAGGGGCGACGAGUCGCGGGGAUGGUACAACCGAGGGGACCGACGCGAUGAGUCACGAGGACGAUAUGACUCGGGGGACCGCCGGACUGAUUCGCGAGGGCGGUAUGACCAAGGAGGGUCUGGAGGAGACCGGCGCAACGAUUCACGCGGUCAGAAUGAGAGAGGGGGAUAUGGCGUCUCAUCAGAACCAUAUCCCAAGUCGCCUGACCCCAAGACGGCCAGGAAUUCGAUGUCUAGCGGCGCAGAGGACAGGGCAUCUACUCCCAGGAACUCAUGCGUCUACUGUAGAGGAGAAGAUCAUAUCAAGAGGGAUUGCCUGGACCUCAAACAGGCAAUAGAUGAGGGACUUGUUGUGCUUGACGACCGCAAGUACGUCAAGUGGGCAGAUGAUCUGGCAGAUGUAUCGAUGUUCCCUUCGAUGAAGGAGAAUGUCGAAGCAAGGAGAAAAAAAACGAGUAAAGGAAUGGAGCCGGUAAGGAGUCCGAGCAUCAAGAUAAUCUUUGAAGAGGAUAUCGCGACCACACCCAUAAGGGUGGCAGCCACCAAGUCGGCAAGAGGGUCUACAUCGAAGAAGACAGACACGGAUUAUGUGAUGACGGAGAAGGACGGGCAGCGGGUCGAUGGAGAGGAGGUUAUCCUUUCGCCACGAAAGAGGGGAGUGAAGAAGUUCUUAAUGAAGAGUUCGUUGGACGAGAUUGACACGGUUGAGCCACUGAGGCGGGCCCUUCGGCAACCAAUGCAGUGCUCUAUUUUGGAGUACCUGGCGGCAUCGAAGCCGGCUCGUGAUGAAUUACAGAUGAUCACGCGGAAGACUCGCAUACCUCUAUCAGAGGAGGGCCAGGGGGCCCCUAAAGCGGAAGCUUCUACAGUAGCGGUAACGGGGGUGACUGCCGGAGCAGAUCGCAUGGCAACAGUCCUUCUCGAUGGGAUGGAAGGUGUGCCUCCAGACAAGUUUUAUAUACUUGGUAGCGGGGCCGUAGAGACGAUUAUAAACGAUGGAGUGAUACUCGAUGCUGUGAUUGAUAACGGCAGUGAGGCUGUCAUCAUAGACGAGGACCUGGCAGUACAAGCUGGACUGGGCCUCGAUAGGUCAUACCUAUUCGAGAUAGAGACGGCUGAUGGGAGAAAGCAACAGAUCACCGGGGUUUGUCACAAGGCAGUCAUAGAGGUCCAAGGGUUAAGAGUGACCCUGCCUGUCUUUGCAGUCAAGAACUGYAGCUCCGACCUGCUCUUGGGUCGAACGUGGCUGAGCCACGAGCGAGGACGUGUGGGAGAAAUUAUGAAGACAUGUGAUAAGGCAAUAACUUUCAGCGACGCGGAGCGCGGUAGGAUUGACCCUCGAUACGCUAAGCCAACAAGGAUUUACACGAUACCACAUGUUCCCUGGAACGACGCGGGAUGGAAGUACGCUCAGAAGGAGAAGGAAGAGGUUAUCGCUUUCCUGAAAGAAAAGAAGGUCUCCCACGUUGCGGAGCCGUCUGAUAGCGCUUAUGCAAAUCGAUGGUUCUUCCUACGAAAGUCGAAUGGCAAGAUCCGAUGGAUUCAGGACCUUCAGAAGGUCAACGCGGUGACGAUACGAGACGUGGGCUCCGUGCCACACGCCGAUUUGCUGGCAGAAGGCGCAACAGAUUCAGAUAUCCGGAGGCAAACGGCCCAGUACUGCCUUAGAGCGGGCCACAUUUUACGAAGGCCAGUAGGGUCGGGAAUGCCCUUACGAGUAGUCUAUGAUCCUGAGGAAAGACAGACGAUAGUUGCGGAACUUCACGACGGGGUAGUCGGAGGACACAGGGGAGUUAAAGGAACCUACGAAAAGAUACGCCGGCUGUACUGGUGGGAAGGACAGUAUAAGGACGUCGAGAGGUACUGUAUGACAUGCGAAGAGUGUCAGAAGAGAGCUCUUGUGAAAUACAAAGAGCCACUUCAUCCGUCCUAUCCGACCAGACCAGGACAGAAGGUACACAUCGAUCUAGUGAAAAUGCCGAGAGGCGUAGGCAAUAUGAACUUCGUCGUGAACAUACGAGACGAUUUCACUGGAUUCGUGGACGGUAGACCUAUCAGGAGUAAGGCGACAAAGGAAGUAAGGAACUUUGUCCUAGAGUACUUAUCUAGGUAUGGUUGUGUCAGCAAGAUAGUGAUGGACAGAGGGGCGGAAUUCCUAGCCGACGAGGUUCAGAGUGUGUUUAGGAGAGCCGGUGCGAGAGUUUCGAUAGCCACCGCCUAUCACCCACAAUCGAACACCCCAGUAGAGAGGGGACACCAGACUCUGAUAGCGUCACUAUCCAAGUGGCGCAAGGGUAAGGACAGUGAUUGGCCACGAUAUUUUUGUCACGCAAUAUGGGUGGACAACGUCACUGUCCGGGCUAGUACCGGAUACCCGCCGUAUACCUUGUGGUUUGGGCGACAUUGUCCGCUUCCCAUAGAGUUUCACGUCGACAAUUGGACAACCGUCGACUGGGCAGAGGAGAUGUCUAGAGAGGAACUCUUCGCUGCCCGAACAAGACAGAUAGCCUUCGGGUUGGAAGACAACCUCAUGACAGCAGCCGAUCGUCUGGCGGUGGAAAGGGACAAGGGUAAAGAGAGAUGGGAUAAGAACGUCCGAAUCAGGAAAGAGAGGGUGAGCGUAGGGGAUAUGGUCCUUCUCUACGACGCAGCACUGGAGAGGACCUGGACCGGAAAGCUUGCCAAUAGAUGGAUGGGACCUUACUGAGUGGUUGAGGCACUUGACUGGGGUGCAUAUAUGAUAGCAGAAUUAGA